AUGGCUGCCGUACUGCUGCAGAGCGAGGUAGCUGCGGGGGUAGAGGGUCACACGGACGAGCAGAAGGAGAAGGGGGAGCGGACGCAGAAGAGGGGGCAGAAGGAGAAGGGCGAGCAGAGGGAGAAGAGGGGGAGGAAGAAGGGACUGUCUAAGGAAAAUGGAGGAGAAGAAGAGGAGUGGGGCAUGAGGGGAGAGUGUAAGGCAGGCAGAGGGAUGAGAAAGGGUGGUAGCACAGGGAAGCAAGAGCAGAGCAGGAAGCACAAGGGACAAGGCACAGGGAAGGAAGAGAGUGGGAGGAAGAGCAAGCAAGGAGAGCCGAGGCGAUUGCAAGAGCAGACCAAGAUGCAGCAGCACCGGCAGCAGCAGGUGCAGCAGGACACACACGCUCCAAGUUCGCCUCCGUCUCACGCUUACCAAUCCGUCUCACCAUUCUAUGCUCUUGUUUUUGAGGCACCUCAAAAACAAUCUUCUCGCACUCCUGAAAGCCACGCGCCUCUGUCUGACGCAGGCCAUUCCGACUCACCACCCUGUGCUCCUCAAUUGCACUCUCCUGAGCCCCAGUCCCCCAUCCCUGCCAUCCCCCCUCGUUCCGUCUCUACAAGCUCCAUCCCCACUCUCACUCCUGAAACCCACUCGCUUCCAUCUCACGCAUUCCAUUCCAUCUCACCACCCUGUGCCUCUCUCUCGCACUCUCCUGAGUCCGAGUCCCCCAUCCCUGCCAUCCCCACUCGUUCUGUCUCUACGAGCUCCAUCCCCGCUCGCACUCCUGAAACCCACUCGCUUCCAUCUCACGUAUACCAUUCCGUCUCACUGCCCUAUGCUCCUCUCUCACACGCUUCUGAAACCAUAGCACCCUUUCCGACCUCCCCAACAGCCCCACCCACACAGCCCUACCAUCCGAGCUCCACGUCAGGCGAACCACAUUCUUACAAUCCGUUAUCAUCACACCUGCACCAGUCACACCUGCACCAGUCACACCUGUACCAGCCACAUCCAUACCAGCCCGAGUCUGCUCAUCCGUUGGCUCUAUCCCACACCCACUCAACCCUCUCCCACGCAAUCACAACCCCAUCCCAUGCGUUCACAUCCCACGCGCUCACAUCCCACACAGUCACAGCCCCCACCCCCUCCCUGCUCGCCCUGCGCUACGUAACCGCCCUGGAGGAGCGAAACCGCCUCUCAGCAGCCAAGCUCUCUCAAUCCGCCCUCUCAGUGUCCCUCCACGCCCAACACUUAGCCGCCACAGACCGUUCCAAUCACCUCAUGGCUCAGAAGGUCGAGCUUUCCAAAGGGGAGAAGGUGAGGAGGGAGCAGGAGGGGCGGGAGAGGAGAGGUCGGGAGGAGCUAGCUGGGUUUGCCAGGGCGUGUGCGGAUGAGUUGGUCGCAGGGUUGCUGGUGAUGCUGGUGGUGAUUGGAGCGACUGGGUGGAGGUUUGCAGGGGAGAGGUUAGCUGCUGGUGUGGCGGCUUGUCAGAAUCGGCACGAUCCUGCGUUGGACGCUUCGUCUUUUCUCGGGGUUUCGUUCUCCCGCCCGGACCGGUCGCUGGUGACGUGGCUGCGUCUGAUUGGGUGCAAGCUGACCGUUGCCGGGCAGAUGUUGUUAGCGUUCCUGGUCGCGUCGGCUACUACUUAUAUCAUGUUGCUCAAUAACGUGGCUGCUGCUACAGGGGCGGGUAGCGCCCACUCCCGCCCGGCUACCACCAUUGUGCUCUGCCUGGGGUGCGUGUGUGGUUACUUUGGGUUCUAUGCGGUGCGGCUGGCAGGGGGGGAUGCGGUGUUGUGGCUGGUGUGUUGGGAGGGGCUGUGUUUGCUGCAUGCCAUGGUGGCCUGGCGGAAAGAGCAGCUGUUUCGAGUGCUGCGGAUGGCUGAGAUCGUGACAGCUGUCAUGGAUGAUGACGUGGAUGGGCUGGUGAUGGGGCGCUGGUGGGCGGCAAACAGGCGAGGGUCGGACGACGUUAUGCGCUUUAUUGGAGCGCUCUUUAGUGAGGUUUGGAUGAUGGCAGCAGGUUGGGUAUGGCAGUGGGAGGCCAGGGAGCAGGAGCGAGGUUGGGAUGGGUUGAAUGGGCAAGGGUAUGGACACAGCAGCCUUCUUGGUGCUUCUGCUCCUAAGGCUGGUGUGGGUGCAGAGUCGUUUAGCACAGCAGGUGCAUCGGCAGGGGCUGGUGGUGGUGGUGGUGGUAUGGCACGAUACUGGGAAGAUGAUUUGUAG